GAUUCGUUCUUUUGAACGAAUCAUCGUUCACUCACGAGCCAACACUACCCGGAUGUGACAUAGGUUUUCAAACAAAGCCCGGCCGGCAAAGGAGCGGAAAACACAGGGGUUUUUUUUGGUGUUGUUUUUCCUCUUUAUUUUUGUAAACUGUCUGGCUUUUGACAUGUCUCAAACGUUUCACGUGGUUAAAUGUUUCCGCUGCGACUGCUUCCAGGUGCACCAAGUGAAGAAGGUGAAAAAGUGGACGUGUAAACUCUGCGGGGUGAUGCAAUUUUUGCUCAAGGAAUUCGGCAGAGGCGGCGCAGCAGACUGCAGACGGCACGUUCAGAAGCUGAACGCCACCAGGGGCGCCAUGUUGGAAGAACGAGAUGUCCGGUCGCUAAGGAAGCAGCCAGAAGGGGAAAGAAGAAGCGAAGGCCAGCAAGAUGAACAAGUCCAUCCACAGGUGAGCCGCUGGAGCAAAUACGUAGUCACACCUGAGGACGACGACGACGACCAAGAUGUACUUUCAAAGGACACGCAAUGUUUCCGAGACAACAUCUUGACCGACAGAAAGAUGCAGCGUGAAGAUGUACCUCAGGCGAGGUCAACUGCUACUCCUGGCCCGUUGAGCAACGCCAGCACGCGCAAUGCUAAGCGACUUUUGUCUUUUGCUUCGGCGCCAGCGUCGUCACUGGGAUGCGACACCUCCGGCCUCAACGGCGCCGUCACUUGGCGGCCCAAACCCUUGUUGCCUGCCUCCUCCAGGUUUGACAGCGGAGAUGACUUUGACGUGAGCUUCUGAUGAAAACGUUGAUGACCUUCACUUAUUUAAAUUGGGAGUUAUUUUGCAAGUCUGAAAAUUCCCCAAACUUUGAAACUUUACGUUGACCUCUUCAAAUAAAAUAAUCAGUCAAGCUGA